AUUUCCUUGAUAUCUAUUUCUGAAUUUUUAGGAUUAUCAUGUCAGUGAACUAAGCUGAAUUACUUCUUAACUACUAAAGGGUUUUAUGGUUAUGUUCUGAAAUUAGAUGAUACAUGUACAGCAACUUAGAAUCUUUUGGGAAGAUACAAAAACCACCAAGAACUAGAUAGUGAUGAGAUCUUUAAAAAAUAAUGAAAUAAUACAUAUUUAGCUUUCACUUACUUAUUCACUGAACCAACAAGUAUUUGAGUGUCUAUUUUAUACCGCACACAAGAGAUACUAGACAGAAUUGGUUUCAUCCCUUUCAAAAACUUAUGGUUUAUCUGGGUGACAGACAUUUAAACAAGGAGAUGAAAUAAAUGUAAAUGCUAUGUAAGAGGAAGUCAAAAUGCUAUGAUAUUAAUAACUUACAGGUACACAAAUAGAAUAAAUAUAUUGAUUGAAUGAUUGAAAUUAUUUGGGGGUACUAGGAAUUUAACUCAGGGGAACUCAACCACUGAGCCACAUCCCCAGCCCUAUUUUGUAUCUGAUUUAGAGAAAGGAUCUCACGGAGUUGCUAAGUUCCUCACUUUUGCUAAGGCUGGCUUUGAACUGGAGAUUCUCCCUGCCUCAGCCUCCCGAGCCACUGGGAUUAUAGCUGCAGAUGGCAAGAAUAGAAGCAGAUGAUCACUGAGAAGCACUGUCUCACUCUCCUUUAUCUCCCUUGACUAAAGUGAUGGAGGAAUCACAACAAAGCAAUCCUGUAGACACCUUGCAUGGGAAUACUGUGGAGCCAAUUUACACAUAUAUUUUGAAUGACAUACCAGGGGAGUUUAUGUUAUCCCAGGCAAAAGCAGUUAUUAAAACUACUGAUGAUUAUUUGCAGCCUCAGUUUGGCCCCGACAGACUUUUGCAUUCAGCGGCAGUAUCAGAAGGGUCAGGAUUUCAAGAUUGCUGUACACAUCAAACAGCAUCAGAUCACAGCCAUGAGGAAAUAUCAAACCCAGAUAGCUACAAAUCAAACAGUAAAAACAAUUCUUGUUUUAUAUCAGCAUCCAAGAGAAACAGACCUGUCAGUGCUCCGAUGGGUCAACUGAGAGUUUUAAAGUUCUCCUCUCUAAAAUUUCAGUCCACUCAGAAUUGGCAAAGAUUGUCUCAAAGGUACAAACUUCAACCAAGAGUGAUUAAAGUAACAGCUUACAAAAAUGGAUCUAGAACAGUCUUUGCCAAAGUUACUGCUCCAACGGUCACCUUGUUGCUGGAGGAGUGCACAGACAAGCUGAAUCUGAACAUGGCCGCACGACGAGUGUUCUUGGCAGACGGCAAGGAAGUCCUCGAAUCUGAAGAUAUACCCCAUGAAGCUGAUGUUUAUGUUUCAACGGGAGAGCCCUUUUUAGAUCCAUUCAAAAAAAUUGAAGACCAUCUUUUGUUAAUGAAGAAAGUAACUUGGACAAUGAGUGGGCUGAUGCUUCCUACUGAUGUCAAAAGACGGAAAACCAAGCCUGUACUUUCUAUUAGAAUGAAGAAACUUAUUGAGAAGACCUCAGUCCGAAUUCUGUUCUUUAAGAAUGGCAUGGGGCAGGAUGGGCAUGAGAUUACAGUGGGAAAGGAAACAAUGAAAAAGGUUUUAGAUACUUGCACAAUGAGAAUGAAUCUAGACUCACCCGCAAGAUAUCUUUAUGAUAUAUAUGGCAGAAAAAUUGAAGAUUUUUCCAAAGUUCCUCUGCUUGAAAAAUGCCUUCAAAAUUCCAUCACACCUUUGCGGGGACCACUUUGGGUCUCUAAGGGAGAAGGUUUCAGCCCCUCAGGAGCUAAGAUGUACAUCCAAGGAGUUCUUUUGGCCUUGUACCAACGAUUACAGUCUGCAAAAAAAUAUUAUAAACAGUUGAACCUGGCCUUCAAUGACAAGAAGGAGAAAAUUACAGAAAAAGUUAUCCUUUCAAUGACAGCAAAGGAGCACCAUAAAGCAGAAGAAGAAGUAAGCAGGCUGAUUGAUGAAUUGCAGACAGCUAUCAAAAGCAACAGAGGUCAUCUCUCUAAACUUGGCCCCCAAUUACAGGCUGAGCAGGAGCAAUUCUCCUCUUAUGUCUACCAACACAUUAAAAGCCUUCCAGCAAACACUCUAGUCCCAGGAGGCCUGCAGCUCAAGGUGUUUGAAAAUGGUAAAGACACUGCAGAAACCUCUGUUUAUAUCAGUAAAAAAGAUUUAGGCUCUAAUAGAACAACUCAGACUGACAAUAUGUUGGAAAGAUUACUUCUCAAGAUUCAUCAGAGGCUUCGAGGUUCUUCCAUCAACACACCAGGCCUCAAUUUUUCUUCAGCCCGGCUUUUCGAUGAGCAUGGUCAAGAAAUUAAGAAUCCACUUUUGCUGAAGAAUGAGCAAAAAAUUUGGGUCUCUUAUGGUAAAGCAUUCAGAUCUCCACUAAACCCUGUUUUGGGUUUGACCUUUGACCGAGUGACUGCAUUUGCCAGAGGUGGCAUCACAGUUGCCUAUAAGACCUUUUUGGAUCCUAAUGCUGUUCUGCUACCUGGAUGUGACAAUUGGGACAUUUGUGAGGGAUUUCCAAUUAAUUUCGACUGCACCAGUCAACAGAUACCUGAUCAAUUUGAAAAGAUGGACUUGGAGAGCCAUUUCCUACAGAAUAAGGUGGAUCCCAAUAUUGUCCUUCAUGCAUCUGUUUCCAUUGGAAAGCGGAGUUUCUCAAGUAGUGAAGUGAGCAGCAGGAGUCAGAUAGCUCCAUCAACCCUGUGGCCUGCAGCCAGUGUGUGGCUGAUCACCAAGGCUGGAAUGAUCCUGAGCCGAGCGAUAACUCAGGGCUGCCUAGCUAUUGGUCAUCCAAUCAGAGUCAAGGCCGCUGAGGGAGCAUCACUAGAAGGAUAUAAAUUAAUCCUACAGAAAAGACAUAAAGAAGAUGAAUCUCAGAAGUGGGUGUUUGGAACGGAUGGCUGUAUUUAUUCUAAGGCUUAUCCUCAAUUUGUUCUGACCUAUCUGGAGGAGCUAAAUGUACAAGUGGAUGUGACUCAAACAGAGUAUCACAUUCACCAUGGUGCUUGGACCACAGCUCAUCAAGAAUGUGGCAGAAACUUAACAGAAGAAGUUCUGCAAAAAUGUGCCAGCAACCCUGAUCUGAAGCAACUGCCAGAACCGUCAGACACCCAUUUAAUGCCAGAAGGUUCUCCUGAGGAGACAGGGCAGCUGACAGUGGCACUGGUGAGGAAACUGGAGGAGAAACAUCCUAAGGCUUCCGCUCAGAGGUGGGCCAUAAAACAUGAAGGGAUCAGUAAGCCAGGCCAAUGGAAGCAUUCCAGAGUUGAAAAUCCCCUAUGGAACAAGCUUACUUACAUGUGGCCGGUCCUUCCCAGUGGACAACUUAAUGAGGACUUUGAUUGGCCAAUAGAAGGACUGCUUAUUCCCAACAGCCCUCCCAUGAAGAAACCCAUCCAGAAGACACCAGAGCAGUAUGUCCCUAUGAGACUCAGAGUUUUGAGGAACGGAGAUAAGAAUAAAAGCAGAUCCCUUGUUACAAUUUGUCCAGAAAUAUCAUCUAAAACACAAAAUGUUAAUCCUGAAAGGAAAGAGAAAAUCUGUGUUACUAAGAAUUCUGUGACUGAAAUAAAUGAGACUGAAUUUCAUCAUCUUUUGGAGAGGUGCACUGAAAUUUUAAAAUUACCUUCUGCAGCUCGGAGAUUAUUCAAUGAAAAGGGCAUGGAAAUCUUUUCCCUAAAGGACCUACAAAGAGAUGAACUGGUAUAUGUUUCAUGUGGAGAACAUUGGAUCAAUCCUGACCUGUCUAUUGCUCAGCAAAAGAAGCAAAUCUUCCUCAGGAACCUAGCAUCUGACAUUUCCAAAAUUCAAACCUUCUGCAGCACACGUAAGGAAGAAACUCUUGUUUUAGAAGUCCAAAGCGAUAUUGUGGCUGGAGGCAAGCUUGCUGUGCAAAAACCCAUAGCAAUUUUUGGAGAAGAGAAGCAAGUUGAAGAAACAGAAGAAAAGCAAAUGCCAACUGACGCUUCAACAAGAGCUGAUGCUUCCAAAGAAAUCUUAGAUUCACAUGCAAGAGCCCACCUCCGAAUGGAAGCUUGUCACACACUUCUCAGGUAUGCCUGGCAGAAUACUUCGCAGGACUUUGAUGAGGAUGUCAGUCUUCCAAAGAAAAUGAAAGAACUCUUUGAAAAUGUGGAACCACAAAAGAAACACAGCCAUUCUCCAAAGCAAGCCAAAUUGCAGAAGGUUUCCCGUCAGCAGUUUGAAUACAGAGAUGGGCAAAUUAUAAGCCAUGCUGCUCCUCAGCUUGUUUUGGGGUUACAAAGCUCCGACCUCCAUUCAGGUACCGAAGUGGUUUUGGUGGAGAAGAAAUCUGAUGAUAAUCAUCAACGCUGGAUACACAAAGAGGACAGCAGGACUUUUCACCUGGCAAGUAACCCUGACCUUGUGCUGGCAGUGUCUAUGACCAAGGCUAGAAAUGAAGCCUGUGGCUAUCCAGUUAUUGUUCAGAAAUAUAAGCCAUACAACAAUGGAACUGCCCAUCAAAAGUGGCAGUACUUAGAAAAUUUGAAAACAUUUAUGGCCUUUUAUAGCACUACUUUGGAUAAGGAAAUCACAUUGGCAAAUUUUGCUGGUAUUUGUACAUCUUCUGUCAUUAAAGGGGAAAACAUUGAUCAACCAGGAUACUAUUAUCUCUCAGCUGGUGGAAAGAGGAAAAUGAUGCUCUGCCUGGCUUGUGGACGAUGCAUGAGAGCAGAGAAGAGACUGAAACAGUUGCUUCCAGGGGUUCCAUUCCUCUGUGUUUCAGGCUCCAAGACCCAGAAGCCCCUAUCACAAGGGCCUUUCAAGGUCAUCAGUGUGGUCAAGGCUGACUUAUCAUCUUAUGAGGCUGACAAAACUCUAAGUUAUUAUGAAGAACUCCUAUUAUCUUUACGGAUGAAGACCUGCAUGCAAGUUGUGUAUCGCAGUGGUAUAGCAGCAACACACCAGAAGGCAGUGAAAAUAAUCGCGUACAAAAACGGGGAUGGAUAUCGUAAUGGGAAGUUAAUUGUGGCUGGAACAUUCCCCAUGCUUCUUACAGAAUGCACAGGACAGCUUGGGCUUUCCAGAGCAGCUUCCAAAGUAUACACCAGAGAUGGAACCACAGUCUUUACCUUGCGUGAUUUGGUUUUAUGGGCUCUAAAUGAAUCCUUUAUGCAGAGAGACUCUGAAGAACAAAAAACAGGCUCCACUCCGGUUGGAACAGAAGAGAUGACUGCUAAAAAAAACUCUGUAAUGAAAUUGAGAACCAAAUUAUUUUCUGGAUCUGUGAAAUCUGAUAGUUUGGAUGGUAUAGAUAAGUCUUUGCUCACCCUCAUCCUCAGAAAUCCUAUUGCUAUCUGGGUAUCUUGUGGUGAACCAUUUAUACCUCCAAAUGCAUUGCAGAAAGCAGAAAAAUUAGAGAAACAGAACUGGCUAAAAAAGGACAAAAUUUUGGCUGAUCUAGGUACCAUGAAACACAAAAUGAGGCAGUUAAAAGGGCGGCGAGUAACUGCAUGUCAGCCAGCUACCAUGGUUCCUACCAAAAGCCCUGUGCAUCCUGUGGUGGUUGAAAGAGGCUGGACUGAGCAGACUCAAGAGGAAAUUAAACUCAUGGAACUUAUAAGACACACAGAGGCACAACUUUCGGAAGUUCAAGAACUGCAAUCCAAACAAAAUUCCCCAGUUGCAACUAAACAUAAAGCAGUCCAGCAGAGUAGCCUGUACAAGCAACCCAACACAAAACGAGUCUGGGCUUAUCUAAAUGGAGGAAGACCUGAAGAUGGCACUUAUGCCUGGGGCAGGACUGUUACAGAGCUGCUAGAUAACUGUUCCUCUCGUCUUAAAAUGACCCAUCCAGCCAGAACCCUGUACACCCGAGAUGGAGAAUUGAUUCAGUCAUGGGAUGACAUAGAACGAGACAUGGUCAUCUGUGUGUCUAUGGGACAUGACUUUAUAACCCAGAAAGAGUUAAAGCAAGUGGUGGAGGUCAGAGCAAAUUAUGCCAGAAUUCGAAGACAGCUGGGCCCUCAAGCUACAGACCUGGUGGUGUUACCAUCUACAGAGCUGCUGUCACUGGAAAGAAAACUUUCAUCACCUACCUGUAAAUAGAAGACUGUGACAAAAAGGCCAGUUAUUUAGAUUGCUGGAGACUCUCUGAAAUUAGGCAAAUUCACUUCUAAAAAUGAAAACUUCAUAGAUUAUUUUAAAAAUGUAAUCCUAAAAUCUACCUACAAAAUAACUGGAUUUUUCAUGGGCAUAUAUUUGAAGAAUUACCAACAUUGGCAAAUCUGCCACAAUAGAUCCUUUAAUUCAUAGGAAGACAUAUGAUAAUCAGGACCCGUGUUAGCCUUAGAGACUGUGUUAAUAGAGAAAUCCUAUAUAUAUUCUUUAGUUUUUUUCAUCCAUAGAGUAGCCUUUUUAAAAAAAAAUGAAUAAAUUGUAUAUAUGUAAAGUAAGUUUUUUGUCCCCUAGAGAGCAGAGACUCUGGGCUUUAUUUAUUCAUGGCAGGGCUCUACCCACAAGUCCUCCUUGACAAAGCCCUAAGUCCCACUCCAUAGCAGCAUUAUGGAAAGACAAAGGUUGUCAUCUUCGACCCUCAUGCCAGGCCUCAGACUGAAAUAACAGCAGUGCAAGGGCAAUGGAGGGCCUGCUUUGGAGAAUUCCCUUCCUCCAGCUGUACAGGAGGAACUGCAGUCCUCACAGAUGAGUUAAGUGAAGUUAGAGCUGAAUAAUCCUCUCUGCUUUGUGCAAAUGAAAUAAAUGUCAUGGCAUAGAUUAGGCAUCUUAUAUUCUUAAAAUCUAUCUGAUGACUCUAUGUUUUGGUUUUAAACACCUAGUUUGAAAAAACAUACAAAAUUACGUGGAAUUACUUUUAAAUGAGUUGACAGCAUUUAAAACAUCAGCAGAUUAUUAUGAAGCAGUUCUCAAAUUGCUUUGAUUGAUACCUUCUUUUGAGAAUCCUUUGGAAAACCACAUUCUCACAAAAUGUACCUUCCACAAACUCUUGCUGUUUUUGAACACCAUUUCAUGGAGCUCACAGAAGUUACCUGAAAAAUGUCAGUAAACUUUCCAAAUAAAGAAGUCUUCAUAUUUUAAAAAUAUAUUUCUUAUUUCCAUAAUCUUAAAAAAAUGUUUGAGGGACAUAAGAUCGAAGCCUCUCAAAUGGACAACAUCAAAAUACACAUUGGAUAAAGCAGAUUCUUUGGCUGUUAUAAUCUAUUAUUUUGUUAUAUUGAAAAAACAAUAAAUCAUGAAAGUUUCUUAGCA